GGGUUGGUAAAGUUAGCUUGGCGGAUAACGUGCGUGAAUCAGGUAAUUUUGUUUCAAGAAAUAUUAUUUAUUACUCAGUUUAAUCUCAUAAAGUCACUCUUUACGAAGUACUGUUACACACAAGAUGCUCUUAAAUAAAUAAGACAUAUAUUUGCAUUAAGUCUAAAUGUAAAUUAGAAUAAGUUAAGUAAUUAGCAACAAAAUUCAAACAUCUUGCUUUAAUCUAGUAAAUACAACGUACACAUUACAUAUAAGGUACUUGUUAAUUAUAAUUUACUACUCAACAAUAUAAAGAUAAUUAUACGUUGUCCGAUAUUCUAUUUGGAGUUUGUUGCUAAUUUCUUAAGAUACUUUGUUUAGAGGUACUGUAAAUUUAUAUUAAUUUUAUGCUGAUAAAAUGUAUAAUAUAUGCUUUAUGUUCCACAGAUUUGGUUUGUUAAAUACGCAAUGGCUGAAACAGAUAAUUCAGUAAAAGAAGUACCUGAUGUUAGUACGUAUAUAAUUCCUUAAUUAUAUGGUAUAUAAUUAAUUCCUCAAAUUCUUUACAGCAAUAAAUAAUUGUACAUUAGUAAGUUACAGAGUGCAAUGGACUAAUGCAAUGACGAAACUGCUAUUAGAUAUCAUGAGUAAGCACGUCGAAUGUGUCACAAGUCCAUUACAUAAACAAGUGUGGAAACAUGUUGCUGCAUCCAUGAAUACUCACGGUUACAAUUUGUCAGCUGAGAACUGUAACAUCAAGUGGAAUGGAAUGAAAAAAAAAUAUAAAAUGUUAAAGGACGCAAGGAAUCAAUCGGGCGCAGGCAAACAAGCGAAAUGGGAAUAUUAUGACAUUAUUAACGAUGUGUUAAGGAAACAACCAGAAAUUGCUCCGCUGUCGAUCGCAUCAGGUACACGCGGUUUUAAAGUAAAUUACGUUGCGUUAAAUGCAUCUCGAAACAUAAAUGAGACACAAUUCAUCGAUGACGUAGAAAAUGAAGAAAAUUUACAAUUGCAAGCAACUAACCUUGUUGAAUCAACUAAUCGUGUACUUAACCGAGUAGUGAGAAAAAGAAAAAACGAAACACCAAUUUGGACUCGAGCAUUAAUGGAACAAAAACAACGUCAUCACGAGCAGAAUUAUGCCCAGCGAGAGCGAUUGUUAUCGUUACUGGAAAAGCAUUUUGAUCACCCAGCGGAAAUAGUCGAUAUGAUAAAAAUAGUCGGGUUGUGCAAUGACAACUUGAAAGCAGCGCAAAGGACGUAUGCCGCUAGGUUUCUCGACAGACGACACUCGACGCGCAAGACUAUGAAAUUAUUGCUUCGCCGUGUUCAACAGGGUCAUUUAAAACGUAACAGGAGAAAGACUGGCCCAAAAGAAAAUAACAUUCUGGUGACGCUGGCAGCAGUUGAACUAAACCCCAACAUCUCGACAAGGAAUAUUGAAAACGAGCAUGGUCUCCCACAAAAGACAUGGAUUGGAAUGGGUAGUCGAACCCAUGAGUGGCCAGCAAGAUCUCCUGAUCUCACGCCUAUGGACUUUUUCCUGUGGGGUUAUGUCAAGGAAAAGGUGUUUGCGACACAACCAACAACUAUGGCAGACAUGAAACUGCGAAUUAAACGCGCUUUCCAAGGUAUCACUGACGGUACACUGUUAACUUUUUUUUGUAAAAUGGAUCUCCCUAUUUCUCGAGCAAGACAAUUUGGUACACUACAAGUAAGAAAAAACCGUCAACGAUCACAUUAUGAAAGAGACAAUGAAGCCAACGUAGUUAUACAGCCAUUGACAAAAUUAUUAGGCACCUUGUUUCUCCACGUAUUUCGGAACUGAAUGAGUGUAACUUUAUGUUUAUAUGUUGUUUUCAUUCUAUCGACCUUGUGAAUGGUUCCAACGAUUGAGGUACAAAAUUCAAUAUCUUUCUUAUGGGAAUAACAAUACUACACUGAAAAUUCUUCAGUUCGUAUUUUGACUUUGAUGAAUACGGACGUGAUUAUUACGUGUAAAAAACAUAUCUGUAAUCGGAAGUGCAAUUCUAUUACUGAACUCAAGAAAACGGUCCUUGAAGAAUGGGAGAAGAUCACCUUAUAUAUGCAAGCGACUAGUGCAUAACUGACCUGAGAGGAUAACAGAAGUUAUAAAACACAAUGGUGGACCAACAAAAUAUUAGUUUGUAUGAUUGUUUAAAGAAAUAAAUGUUAAGAUUUAUAAAGAUAGUGUUAUUUAUUUCCUUAUAAAUUAAAAGGAAUAGUUAAAUAAGAAGGGUGCCUAAUACUUUUGUCAAUGGCUAUAUGUCUAAGUCAAGUACUUGCUUCGCGUGGACAACUGCAAAUUCGUGCAAAAUCAUUAAACUUCUUUUGUUAAUAACUUUUUAAUAAACAACGA